CCAACACAAAAACUCUAAACAAAGCACUUUGGCGUAAUAUACGGCUUAUAAGAGGGAAACACUCUUGGUAAUUCAGCUGUUGAGCCUCUUCCGAUUGAGCUUGGUGACAGUGACUUGCAAUGAGUCUAUCCUGAGUCUGAGUUUCAAGUAACUCAGUCAAUUAACGAUUGAGUUACUAAGAAGUUUAUUACUCAUACGGCCUACAACCAAUCUUAUCUUUCAACACUGACGAAAAGUCAUCAAUCAUGGAAACCCAGUAUAAUUUAUCACUACUGAAGCUUAACAUUCCUGUCAAUCAAACAAAUGGAACAGAUUGUGUAGACGGGGUGCAAUGGGUUUAUGCUGUGAUGGGAGAAUGCUGUAUUACUGCGAGAGAACAAGCUUCUGCUUAUCUUGGAGUUGCCUCUCUUGUAUUGUGGGGUUUGGUUGGUUUUCCUCAGAUGUGUAAAAACUUCUGCCACAUAGAUGGAAUGGCGGGACUGAGUUUCCUCUUGAUACUCCAGUGGGCUGGUGGUGACCUGGCCAAUUUGACUGGGUGUCUUUUAACGAGGCAGAACAAUUUUCAAAUUAUCCUUGCUGGGUAUUUUGUGGGCAUGGAUGUAUUAUUGUUGCUUCAGUUUCUUUACUACUUUUGUAUUCAUAAAAAGAGAAGAGCAGAUCUUUCAGAAGAUAGAAAAGAUCUGAUAGGUCGUCAAAAAUCACCGAAACCAGUUUUAUGCCUGAUGGGUGUGUUUGCUAUUUCUUCCUUCAUUGGGAAACAGUACAUGUGGUCUAUUUUUGCAAAUACUGCUGAAAAUAGUAUACAUCCAAGCCAUGUCUCCCGUUCACUGUUGUCUGUUUAUGAAGUUGAUGAUGUUAAAGAUCCAUUAUACUGGAAUAACCCAAGAAAUGUUAUAGGAUACUUGAUGGGGGUAGUGUCUGCUGUGUUUUAUUUGGGUUCUCGCGUUUCCCAAAUAUAUAAAAACGUGAAAGCCCGAUCAACGGAAGGUCUAGCUUUUUUAACAUUCACUCUGGCUGUUUUUGGUAAUCUUACCUACGGAGGUCAAAUCGUAAUCCUGGAUUUCAGCCAGGAUUACAUCAUAGAGAAGUUGCCAUGGUUGCUGGGAAGCUUUGGAGUUGUCUUCCUUGAUUGCACUAUAUUAAUCCAGUUUGUUUACUACAGGAAAAAUAACCAAAUAAGAACAGCAGAGGAAGAAGCUCUCCUAACUGGAGAAUAUAUUAUCAAUGCCGAUGACGAGAAUUCUCAAGAUGAACAAACUGAAAAUCAACAUGAUAUUAAUUAACAAUAUUUGUAACAUUUAAAAAUAUUUUUUUUUAAAUAUUGAAAAAUCUCAGAAUUCCAAUGGAACAGAACAAUAUUACUUUAAUUUUACAUCCUCUUUUACAUUUCUUUUAAAGGUUGACAGUUGUUUUUUUUGUGCCUAUAUUUUAAUCUUUAUCAAAAUAUUUUCCUACAAUAUUGGCUGUGUAAACAAGCUCUUCUUUAACUCUCCAUGAAGAGAAUUUUAUUUUAUUUUAAACUUUAAAAAAAAGGUUUCUUAAUUACUUUAUUUCACUUGUGACUUUUAAUUUGUUGUUUUACAAAUACCAUUUUUAUCUUUCUUUUUGGUUUGUGAAGAGAUAUUAUUUUAACCUUCAAUGAGCCAAUAUAUCACAGUUGUUUCCAUUGCCCCGGGUAUUGUAUAUAUUCUAUGAUGGAAUUGAUUCCGUUAUCAUACCUGAAUUAUUUUAAGCUGACCCAAAAGUCUCAAGUUUGAAUCCCGGUUCAAGUCAGUAGAACGUCCUUGAGGCCACCCAGCUCUAAUCGGUACCUAACUCACGAUAGGUAAAGUAAAUGUGGCUGGGCAUAGUGCUGACCACGUGAUCCCUUCAUAUGCUGAGGUCACUAAAACUCUACUCCAGUUCCCCUAUGGACCAUCAGGUUCCAAAAGGGAACUUUACUUUUAAGCCUAACUCAUUUAAAUUCUUGAAGCAGCAGAGAUAUUUAUGUCGUUGAGUGUGUUAAGUUUAUCACAAAGAAACAAAAAAUAGUAUAUUAAAUUUGGUCACACUAAUAUGUUUAAAUAGUUUUCUAUUAAUAAUGAUGUCAAAUAAAUUACAAGUUUAUUGUAUAAACCAUCAACGGUAUGUAGAAAUGUAUUUUUCUAUCAUAUUCCUGGUCGAUAUACUUGUACUGUUGUUUUUAUAUUAUUUGUUUUAUCUCCACAUAUUGGUUAUUUUAAAAAAAAAAAUUUUCUUAAAGGCUAAAAGGAUUCAUUAGUAGGGACUUUAUCUGCUACUUAUCUAUUGCUAUUGUUACUUGGUGCUUUCAAUUCUCUUUUUAACAAGUUUUAGUAUGGCCAGUUUUUAACUUAUGUUGAAUUAAAUUGUUGUAGUGGUUGCUGCUAUAAAGUUUAAACUUUUUUAAAUGAUUUUUCAAUAGACUUAGCAGGUUGAUUUUGCAGAUUUUGCUGCAUUUUAAUAGGACUCAUUGACAAAGGAUAUAAAUAUCUUUUAAACAUAUCUUUUUUUGUUUAUUCAUGCACAGAUUGAUUGCUUUUUGAAAAUUUUAAACAGUAAACUCACAUUGAUGAAGAUUAAACACAGAAUCCUACAUUUGAUAUUGACGAUAAACAAAAAUUAAGUUUUUUAAAUAAUUCUUAUUACUGUGAUAUGGUUCAGUUUAUGACCAUUGUAAAAAUAUAAACAUAAAUUUCUCUUAACUGUUUCCCUGCUGAUGAAUUAUCCUGUACAGUGUUGUAUGCAAAUGCAUGUUAUUAACUAGUCACAAUUUUAAAGGAUUUGUAUUUUUAAUGUUCCAUAUAUAGUGUUUUUGUAAUACUUUCAGAACAGACAAUUG